AUGGCUCCUACAAUCAAUAAAAAUACGCUUACCCUACUAUUCACCUUCUUCGCGUCCGUACAAUCAGCAGAAACUGUUUGGUCAGUUUUCGCAUACGUGAAUCAUGGCGAACGCACUCCGCUCAGGGAUCUCGCAAUCGGCGAUGGCAGUUUGACACCUCUGGGGGCACAACAAAUGUUCUCGCAAGGCUCUUUGCUCAGAAACAGAUGGCUAAUAAACACGACGCAAUCCGAUACUGACAGCAACAACACGGACAAUGCGCCAAUCGCGGCCGUCGGGACGGCGGCCAUUGAUAACAACCAGCUGUCCAUCUGGACCACCAGGGAUGACCACAUCACCGCGGGCGCCCAGGCCUUCAUGCAAGGGCUCUAUCCCCCCAAGACGAGAAAUUUUGCUGAUGCCAAUGGCGGUAUUGCCGCUGCCAUGCUGGCUAAUGGCUCAGUGGUGGACUUUCCGCUUGGCGGGUAUAUGUAUCCCAACUUUCGGACGCUUUCGCUAUCUGAUACCGAAUCUGUGUGGCUUGAGGGACAUACAGCAUGUACCGAAUAUUGGAGAUCUACCAGCAACCUCAAGAGCAAUCCUCGCAUGACUCAAGUGUUUGAUGACUCUCUACCCGAGUACCAGCUAUUGUGGUCUACAGUUUUCAAUGGCACGUUUCCUGCCAACGCCGCCAGCUUCUAUUAUGCUUACGAUUUAUACGAAUAUGCCGCCUAUCAUUACAUUCACAAUUCAACCAUUCGAAAUACAUUGGACAUUAAUCAGCUAAAGUGGCUGAGGGACUUUGCCAAUAUUCAGCAAUUUUCCUUGAAUGGUGAUCUCACCGCAUCCGGCCGCAAAGAUGGCGACAUGAUUCGCGCUAUAGCUGGCCGGACACUCAGUGCCAAGGUUGUGUCACAAUUCCAGCAGCUCGUCUUGCUAAAGGGAGGAGCCCCCCAAAUCAAUCUCAUGUUUGGCUCAUUUCAACCAAUGCUGUCCUUCUUCUCGUUGUCGGAACUAUCUACGGGCCAUUCCUCAGGAUUGUUCCAAGAGAUACCCGGUUUUGGUGGUGCUAUGAUUUUUGAGCUCUUUUCUGAGGGCACCGAUGCAACGAGGUUUCCGGAUACAGAUGAUCUCUGGGUUCGCUUCUUAUAUCGCAACGGAAGUUCAGAAGAGAAUCCAAUCUACGAGUAUCCGCUAUUUAGCCACGGCAAUUCAGAAACACGAAUCAAGUAUAGAGAUUUUGUCUCGGGCAUUCGAGAAUUCUCCAUCAACAAUAUCCCGGCUUGGUGCACAGCAUGUGAUGCGGUCAACUUUUUCUGCUCAGCUUCGAGGGCAGCAUCAGGAGGAAGUACAUCAUCUCACAACCACAAGAAUCUUGAUCUUUCACCAGCAGCGGCAGGGGCUAUUGGAGCGGCAAUAGCGAUUGCCAUUGGUGCAGUGGCUGCUGUGCUUCUUUUCGUGUUUGGAUUUGGGAUCCAGCGUAGAUCGUCUGGUCGAAAUUCCGUCUUUGGUGGCUUUAGAGGGCAGGAGAAGAUGGCUUCGGACAGAGAUGUCUCCAUUACUAAGAGCGGCGCGAAACAUGAGCGCGUUGGCAGCUGGGAACUUGGAGCUGGGACAAGCUCAGGACCUACCGACGGUCCUUCCAUGGGUAUCACAAAGGGAAGUGAGCCUGUAAUAGGGGCGACACAUUUGCGCGACAUUGACGACGAUGGCGACAGUUUGGACAUAGGAAGACAGCCUAUCAAGCCCCACGAGACCGUUUAA